AUGUACCUCUCGCCCUUCUCCGCGACAUCUUCGCACAGCGGCGAGCAUGAGGCUGCGAAGGACAGCUCGAUCAUUGCGGCCGUCGAUCGGGAUAAGUACAGCCAGCAAGCAGCGAAAUGGGCGGUGGAUCGGCUCCUGACGAGGGGCAGCACGCUCCAGCUGGUCCAUGUCAGGGCAAACAAGAACGGCCAAAACGCUGAAGGGGGCAAAGAUGAGGGGGACGCAGAUAUGGCACAGUUAUUUAUCUCGUACAGAGGUUAUUGUGCUCGUAAAGGGAUGCAUCUGAAGGAGGUGAUCUUGGAUGGCAGUGACAUCUCCAAAGCAAUCAUUGAAUAUGCCACUAGCAACGCCGUCACAGACAUCGUCGUCGGGGCAUCAACUAGGAACACAUUCAUCAGGUACAUUACAAGAUUUAGAAAUCCUGAUGUCCCAACAUGCUUGAUGAAGAUGGCGCCUGAUUAUUGCACAGUACAUGUCAUACACAAGGCAAAGGCCAUCCAGGUGAAGGCAGCCAAAGCUCCAGCACCCUUCACUACUCUCCCUCCAAAGCAAUACUCCCAAUCAAAUAUAGAGUCCGAUGGAUCUUCAAGAUCCUCAAGAGGGGACUGGAAGGUUUCUCAUCAAUUGUCUCCGACGGCAAAUAGAGCAUCGGUGGACCGAUUAUCUGCCUAUGCAAGGGCCCCAUCGAGGGAUAGGCCUCUUUCUGGAGCUAGGACAGCACCCCAGAAGGAUUUUGACGACUACAUCGAUUUUAUAGCACCGCCGAGGCCCUCAGUGACUCGUAGUUCCUUUUCAGAUGACAUUGAUAUCCCCAUGAGCAUGGAGUUUCAAUCCAUGGACUUUGCUGAAUCUCUUGAGUUGUCCUCAGGGGUAUCCAUGGAAAGCCUAAGUUAUGCCGGGAAGGAUGUAGAAGCUGAAAUGAGACGGUUGAGACUAGAACUGAAACAGACAAUGGACAUGUAUAACUCCGCAUGUAAGGAAGCUGUUGAUGCUAAACAGAAGGCAGCACAGAUGCAUCAGAUGAAGAUGGAAGAAUCCAAAAAGUACCGAGAGCUAAGGAAUGCAGAAGAGGAAGCUCUUGCACUCGUUCAAAUGGAGAAAGCAAAGUGCAGAGCUGCACUGGAGGCAGCAGAAGCUGCGCAAAAAAUUGCAGAGCUCGAGGCGCAGAAGAGAUUGAGAGCAGAAUGGAAGGCAAAGAAGGAGGCCGAGGAUAGAAAGAAAGCAACUGAUGCACUGAACAAAAAUGAUCUCCGGUACAGGAGAUAUUCCAUUGAUGACAUAGAAGCUGCCACUCAUAAGUUCGACAAGGCACUCAAGAUAGGAGAAGGUGGGUAUGGACCAGUAUAUAAGGCAGUACUGGAUCAUACUAAUGUCGCCAUUAAAAUUCUAAGACCAGAUGCAUCACAAGGAAGGAAACAAUUUCAGCAAGAGAUUGAAGUACUUAGCUGCAUGCGGCAUCCAAACAUGGUCCUCUUGCUUGGAGCUUGCCCAGAGUAUGGCUGCCUGGUGUACGAGUACAUGGACUACGGAAGCCUGGAGGACCGCCUCUGCAGACGAGGUAAAACAUUGCCAAUCCCAUGGAGCAUCCGCUUCAAGAUCGCUGCGGACAUUGCAACUGGCCUUCUCUUCCUCCACCAGGCGAAACCGGAACCACUUGUCCACCGAGACCUGAAGCCUGCCAACAUCCUCCUCGACCACAACUUCGUCAGCAAGAUCAGCGACGUCGGCCUUGCAAGACUGGUGCCACAGUCCGCAGCUGAUGUCACGCAGUACAGGAUGACAUCCACAGCCGGCACAUUCUGCUACAUCGACCCCGAGUACCAGCAGACAGGCAUGCUCACCACAAAAUCUGACAUAUACUCGCUCGGCAUCCUACUGCUCCAGAUCAUCACAGCAAGAUCACCUAUGGGACUCACGCAUCAUGUUGAGCAUGCGAUAGAGAGAGGAGCCUUCCAGGAGAUACUUGACCCAACGGUGACGGACUGGCCGGUGGAAGAGGCUCUGGAAUUCGCAAAGCUGGCGUUGCGAUGCGCAGAGCUGCGGAAGAAAGACAGGCCGGAUUUGGGAAAAGAAAUCUUGCCAGAGCUUAACAGGCUACGCAAUCUUGGACAUGAGUACGAAGCUGCCCAGGUCAGCAGCACGAGCACAAACUGCUCAAGCUCUGCACCAUAUAGUUUCAACAAUGAUGAUGUCUCAAUAUCGUAA